UGAGCAACAGCAUUCCACUCUGUCUUAGUCCUCAGGUGAGUCACGGGUUCAACGCAUUGGACAUUGAUCGGGCGGGACUUUUCCAGUGUCACUCCGCCGAGGAAAGCCAUAAGAUCGUCUCAAAAUGGCCUCUCCAUGUGGCAGUCAGGCUCAAAAGCAGUUGGAGUGUCCCUUGUGCAAGGAAGUGUUGAACGACCCUGUGACCACGCCUUGUGGACACAACUUCUGCCAGGCCUGCCUCCAACACCUGUGGGGCAAGAGCGAGGCUUGCCGAUGCCCCGCCUGCGACAAGGCCUUCGCCAGCCGGCCUGAAAUCAGCGUCAACUCUGCCUUCAAGGAGCUGGCCGACACCUUCAAAAGGAUGAGCCUCGGUCCGCCGUCCUCGCCCUCGCCUCUGGACGGCGAGGUGGCGUGCGACGUGUGCGCCGCAGCCUCCCUGCGGGUAAGCGCCCUCAAGUCCUGCCUUGUGUGUCUCACCUCCUACUGCGACGCCCACCUGGAGGCGCACCGCAGCGUGGCCACUUUGAUGGCGCACAGGCUGAUAGCGCCGGCCGCCAACCUGCGGGAGCGUCUGUGCGGAAGACACGAGAAGCUCCUGGAGAUGUUCUGUCGGGACGAACAGCAGUGCGUGUGCCGCUUCUGCACCGAGAGUCAGCACAACGGUCACAGCGUCGUUUCAGUUGCCGAAGAGAGCGAAGACAGAAAGGUCCAAAUGAAGAUGACGCAAGUCGACUUUGAUCAAAAAAUCCAGGAGCGACAGAACAAAUUGGAGGAAUUCCAAAAUGCUCUUAAGCUAAGCACGAUAAGUGCUACACAGGAGAGGACAAAGAACGAGCAACUCUUCGACCGUCUGAUCGCUUUGGUCGAGGAAAGUCGAGCAUCGGUUGACGGCGAGAUCGAACGGAGUCGGAGGGCGGCAGAGCUCAGGGCGGAGGGGCUAACUGAUGAACUGAGGCGAGAGAUUGCCGAGCUUCAAUCGAGGAAUACGGAAUUGUCUGAGCUGUUAGACACGGACGAUCCUCUUCACCUCCUCCAGAGGUUCCCCUCGCUGACUUCGCCUCCCCCCACUAGAGAGUGGUCAGAAAUCAGAAUACACACAGAGCACUGCGCCGGGACACCAAGGAAGGCGCUGUCCCAGCUGGUCGCUGCCCUGACGAGUGAGUUGGAGCGCCUGAAGACGGACGAGAUUAAGCGCGUGCAGAGUUACGCAGUGGACGUGGAGCUGGAUCCGGAAACCGCCCAUCCUAACAUUAGUCUGUCGGAUGACGGGAAGACGGUGGGCCGCGCCGAGCAGCUGCGUGUCGUACCGGACAACCCUCGGCGCUUCGACCCGGUCAUCUGCGUUUUGGCUAAGAGGGGCUUCUUAUCCGGGAGGUUCUAUUUCCAGGUGGAAGUCGGAAGCAAAACCUUCUGGGACGUGGGUGUGGUCAACGAGUCGGCAAACAGGAAGGGUCAGAUCACCUCCAAACCCGAGAACGGCUUCUGGACGAUGCGUCUGAGGGGCGGCGACGAGUACCGCGCUCUGGACUCGCCGUCGGUCCUUCUCAGCUUCGACACGAAACCGCAAACGGUCGGCGUGUUCGCCGACUACGAGGAGGGAACCGUGUCUUUCUUUGACGUGGAUGCCAGAUCUCACAUUUACACCUUCGCGGGAUGCAUGUUCUCAGAGAGGGUUUUCCCAUUUUUUAGCCCCGGAGUUUGCGACGAGGGGAGAAACACCGAGCCUCUGAUUAUCUCGACAUUAAACAAGCUAACGCCAGCAACUCGUACUAGCGACGCCUCGAGUAAAAAUGAUCGUAAAAACGAUGUGAAUUUUUUUUAAAUGCCCUUUCACGUAAUAAAAAGAUGAAAUGUGAAAUGUCUUUCAUUAUUUCUAACAGGAAACGAAGGAAAAUACUUUCCAUUAGCUUGCUAGCAAAAGAUCAUCUUCACACUACUAAAAUUUGAUGAACACAUUCAAUCAUUAAGGCAACACUAAAUAACUUUUCAACCCUUUUAUAAUAUUUUCAUGACAUUUGUGAUGAUAUGUCACUUGACAACGAGUUGAAUGACACCUCUUUUAUAUCUUGUGGGGGUCUCGCUUUCACUGGCACUAACUUUGAGAAGGGUGGCAGGAACCCUGCCACACACAAAAAAAAACUACAAAUGUGUUGACUGCUAUACGGCAUACAUCAUUUCCCCCUUUCCCUAAUUCAUUAUAAAGACUGAAGUCGAUGCUAACGCUUUCGUGAGAAUUCUGCAAAGAUGGCAGAGCAACAAAAGAGAAAAAAAAGUUUUGUCUGAGGAGGAAAAAAAGGGCGGCUAACAGGAUAUACAGAAUAAACAUUGGCCCGGCUUUCACUCACUGGCGUAACCACCCUUCGUUUGGAGGGGUUAGCCACCCAAAGCCACACGGUUGCCAACCGUCAUAUGCUAAAGUUUGUCCUUAGAGAAAAAAAAAAUCCAUUGUUUAAAAAAAAUAAAUGUAAGCAGUUACAAUGUUACUCAUUACUCGAGUUUUCUUUUCACCACAUACUUUUUUACUUCAGUACAUUUUUUGGAUGAAUGCUUUUACUUGAGUAAUAUUUUGAAGUAACGCUACUCUUACUUGAGUCAAAUUUUUGGCUACUCUACCCACCUCUGGUCUUCCUUAAGGCAAAACACUACCGCUUUUGGCCACCGGCGUCGCUAAAAUCGACUAAAACUGAAAAGUUACUAAGUGUUGCUUUAAGUCAAAAUGUAACUAUGAACUCUUUCAGUUCCAUUGAAGAUAGACUAUGAGGUAGAUUUGUGUCUUGAAUAUUCAAUCCAAAAAAAAGUUGCUUCUAUCAAAAAAAAUGUGUUUGAACGCAAUAAUAAAUUUAAAAAAAUAAUAAUAAAAAAAAAUGCAUUUGAAAACUAUUUUCCUUUGUUUUUUGUUUUUGUUUUUUUUAAAUUAAAGUUUUUUUUAGAUUGUUUUUUUUUUUUUUUUUUUUUUGAGUGAAACAGCUUUUUUGGUUGAAGUAAUAUUUUGUGUUUGGGGCACUUUUUGGCAAGGACAUUUGUG